GGCAGCAAAGAAGUCCAAACUCCAAACUCCACGGAGAAAUGCCGCCUCUUCUUUCUCCAACCUUUCCCCGGUUCCACACUCUUCCCCUCUCUCUCUCAUCAUCCUCUUUCUCUCUCCUCCCCGCCAAAACCUUCAUACCCGCCAUGUCUCUCUCUUCCUCUUCUUCGCCAUCACCUUCCACAGCCAACAAACAACGACAACCAUCAUCAGAAAACGACAAUCAAAACCUGUCGCAAAUCCUCCAUUACCACGACCAAACCAAGCACGCCUUCACCAAAUACGCCAGAGGCCCCCACGGCCUGGACUGGGCCAACCAGCCCAACCCAUUUCGCCGUUUCCUCUCUUCUCCUCUCCUCCCCCUCCUGCACCUCUCCACACCCGAUCAAACCCCUUCCUCGUCCGCCAUUGAUGGAGCUCAAGCUCCUCUGUAUCACUCCGUUUUCCUCUCUCUCCCUCCUCCCAAACCCCUCUCGAAGCCCGCCAUUUCGCAGUUCCUCUACGACUCCCUCGCUCUCUCCGCCUGGAAGACCACCGGCUUCUCCACCUGGUCCCUUAGGGUUAACCCCAGCAGCGGCAACUUGCACCCCACCGAGGCUUAUAUCGUCGCUCUGCCGAUCGAAUCGCUCUCGAAUUCGGGUUUCGUGGCGCAUUACGCUCCCAAAGAGCACGGUUUGGAGAUCAGAGCCGAAGUUCCUGCCGGAUUUUUCGCAAAAUUCUUUCCCGAGAACGCGUUUCUAGUCGGAUUGUCGUCGAUUUUCUGGCGCGAGGCUUGGAAGUACGGCGAGCGCGCGUUUCGGUACUGCAAUCACGACGUCGGACAUGCGAUCGGGGCGGUCGCCAUGUCCGCGGCGAGUCUCGGCUGGGAUGUGAAGGUUCUUGAUGGUCUAGGGUACGAGGAUAUGAAGAAGUUGAUGGGAUUGGACAAAUUCCCGGAGUUUCGGAUUCCGUCUCGGCCUGUUAGAGGUAAAAUUCCCGAGAUCGAGUUUGAACACCCUGAUUGCGUUUUAGCCGUUUUUCCUAGUGGAAUCACUGAAUUUGGUUUGAAUUAUGAGGAAUUGAGUAAGGUAAUAUCCGAAUUUUCGAGCUUCGAAUGGAAGGGAAACCCCAAUUUGCUUAGUAAAGAACAUGUUUGUUGGGACAUUAUUUAUAGAACAGCUGAGGCAGUGAAAAAACCUAUAGAUAUAGACAAUAAAGAUAGGUUCUUUGUUGAUCCGUUUGUGAGUAGUGGACUUUUUAGCGUAAAUGCGUACAAGGGAUAUACAGUGAGAGAGAUUGUUAGGAAGAGAAGAAGUGCAGUUGAUAUGGAUGGAGUCACUGCUAUGCAGAGAAAUACAUUUUAUCAAAUUCUGCUGCAUUGUCUUCCUUCUGGUUGUGGUACCGGAGAGGGGCAAAAACAGCCGUUGGCGUUGCCCUUUCGGGCACUAUCGUGGGAUGCGGAGGUGCAUGCUGCGCUGUUUGUUCAUCGGGUGGUGGGUUUGCCUCAGGGCCUGUAUUUCUUGGUGAGGAAUGAAGAACAUUUUGGUGAGCUCAAGAAGUCCAUGAGGCCUGGGUUUAAGUGGACCAAGCCCGAGGGUUGCCCUGAUGAGCUUCCUCUAUAUGAACUUGAUAGAGGCGAUUACCGGCUUCUUUCUCAGCGGCUUUCGUGCCAUCAGGAAAUAGCAAGCGAUGGCUGCUUCAGUCUUGGUAUGGUGGCUCAUUUCGAGCCCGUUUUGCGCGAGAAAGCGUGGAUGUAUCCGCGAUUGUUUUGGGAGACUGGUGUACUAGGACAGGUCUUGUACCUUGAAGCGCAUGCUGCUGGCAUCUCAGCAACAGGAAUCGGUUGCUAUUUUGAUGAUCCCGUGCAUGAAGUGCUUGGUUUGAAAGGAUCGAACUUUCAAAGUCUGUAUCAUUUCACUGUGGGAGGCCCAGUCCUGGACAAACGGAUAAUGAGCCUUCCAGCAUAUCCAGGCCCUGGUAUUGAUGCUUGAUGCAUGGUUUUAAAAACCCAGCUGAGACUUGAGACUUGUGCCAACGUGCCCUUGGUUAAUCAUGGAUAAAUUUACCAGAAAAUGCCCAUCAACUCUUUUUUUCCACAUUGAUACAUCUAGACCAUGGGAUUAGGACUUGGGAUUUAUGGGGAGGAUGAGAUGUAGCUUUUAUUUUGUAAAUUGUCAAUGAAACAAAAAAUAGUACUUCAUUAUUUUCUAUGGGAUUAGAUUAGAUUUGUAAGGGUUCUUGAUGUGAUCAUAUCAUCUGACCGUAAUACAUGUAAAGUGACAUUGGGGGUUUGAACUCCAUACCUCUAACAUUUAAAGUAGGACUUUGAUUUACCGUUUGGCUAUACUUGGAGCUAUCAUUGACAUGGUUUUAUGCCGUAAAGGACGUGUUCAUUUUCUUCAUUCUAUAAAAGUUUGUAUACAAUAUUAGUUAUUGUAAAUAAACGUUGUAAUGUUAUUCAAAUAAAUAAAUAGAUAAAUA